GUGCCUUUUAAAUCUUAACACAUGUAAAAACAAGACUCACUCAUAUUGGCGCAUGUUCGAGCUCAUCAAUUAGGUGCAUAAUCUAAAGAUAGCACUAUAUAUGAAAAUUUUGAUAAGUCAUUAGUCAUUUUUCAGUUAGUGUGAUCGAGCACACAAAUGUGAAAUCUACCCACCAAUGCAAAUGUAAUCCUUUUCUUAUGUCCACUAAAAGAAGCAUUUUCUGAGGCAGAUUUUUAACCAUAGCAUGUAAUUCCAUCAGAAUAACUGAAAUAGGAAUUGGCUAUUGGGCAGUCUCACCAGUUUUGGGACUAAAGUAAGUGGCAAGUAAUGGGAUGAAAACGUGGGCUUCUUUAGAUUUUCACUAUUAUGAUUAUCUCAUACCCACCCCCCUCCAAACACCGGCUCCCAUUACCCUUCUCUUUUCUUGUUCGGAUUUAACUUAUAUACAUUGACAUUGACAUUUUGACAACGUCAAGAAUUUACGCUAUUAGUGUAUUUUAACACAUAGCAAGUAACCGGUCUUAUCUUCCGGGUUAGUAAAUACAGUAACUUUUUAUGUACAAGUUAUAUGUAGAUUGUAGUUAUCUUUUGGGUGAGCUCUUUUUUUUUUUUUUUUUUUUUUUUAAGGUGAACUGAUAAUGUGAAUUUUUAAACUCUUAUUAGUUCAAGGGACACACUUCUUUUAUCCUCAGCCAGAAAAACCAUUCUGCAAAUGGAAUAGGUCGGUUUUGAUAUGAUUAAACUAAUGCCGACCAUGCAAUAGAACCAUUCUUCCACCAAGAAUCACUUAGUAUAAAGGUAGAUCACAUAGAGAAGUUGUGAGUAACAUACAUACUCAUCAGCAGCAGCAGCAAACUGAACUACUUGCAUAGUCUUCCAACUUGUUUACAAGUGCUCUUUCUUGGUGGUGGUCACACAAACAACUUCAUUUUUGUUCUUUGUUUGACUUCCCAUAACGUGGGUACCUUGCCUUAUAUCCUUCACCUUCUGAAAAACCUACCGAUAAUGCCAAGAAAACCUACUCAUGAACUUUGAGUAUGGCUCUUUGAAUUACUGAUCAAUAAAGCGUGAUCUUUUCAGCCUAGUGAAAUUGACAUUAUUCUUCUAUAGCAUUAACCAAGGGGUCUAGUAAAACAAGUAGCCAAUUGUGUUACUUCACUUCCUUUUUCGGUUCUAUAAAUUCUUUGUUUUCAGUUAACAAGCUAAUACUAGCUAGACACAAAUUAUGGAAUUCACUAGACUUUGCUUCUCGGUUUUUUCUAUUUUCUUGCUUUCCUAUGUCUGUUCAGUUCACGGUAGGCUUUAUGAUUACCCUAAAAUGUCGCAUUUUCGUGCAUUGUCACAAAUAUCUCUGCCACCUUCCCCUGCACCUGAGGGUGCUCCAAAGAUUGACAAUGCCAUUUUCAAUGUGUUGUCUUAUGGGGCUGUUGGUGAUGGUGUGACCGACGACACACAAGCGUUUAAGAUGGCUUGGGAUGCUGCUUGUCAAGUUGAUUCAGCUAUUUUACUAGUUCCAAAUCACUAUUCCUUCAUGAUUCAAUCCACAAUAUUCACUGGUCCUUGUAAAAGUGGACUAGUUUUUCAGAUCGAAGGAACCAUUAUGCCACCAGAUGGACCUGAUUCAUGGCCAAAAAAUGUCAGUAAGAAACAAUGGUUAGUCUUUUACAGGAUUAAUGGGAUGUCAAUGCAAGGUGGUGGAAUCAUAGAUGGUAAAGGAGAAAAAUGGUGGAACCUCCCCUGUAAACCUCAUAAAGGAAUAAAUGGAACAACUCCACCUGGUCCUUGUGACAGCCCUGUGGUAAGUUCAAAAACACAUUAUUUUGUUCCUUUAGACGAAAAAAAACUAGUACAGAGUAUAUAUCUUUCAGGGCCAUGCCAUAAAAAAGUAUGUUUAAUUUUACAGGCUAUGAAGUUCUUCAUGAGCUCAAAUUUGACAGUGCAAGGGCUUAAAAUCAAGAACAGCCCGCUGUUCCAUUUCAGAUUUGACAGUUGCCGCGAUGUCCACCUUGACUCACUUUACAUAAAAGCACCCCCUCAAAGCCCCAAUACUGAUGGAAUUCAUAUAGAAAACACCAAUGACGUCACAAUAAGAAAUUCAAUAAUCUCCAAUGGUGAUGACUGUAUUUCAAUUGGUGCUGGUUGUUACAAUGUUGAUAUAAGGAACAUGACCUGUGGUCCAAGUCAUGGAAUAAGCAUUGGCAGCUUGGGCUUUCGCAAUUCCCGGGCAUGUGUGUCCAACAUUACAGUUGCAGAUUCAACUAUUAAGUAUUCAAACAAUGGUGUUAGGAUCAAGACCUGGCAAGGAGGAUUUGGGACAGUGUCCAAGGUUAAUUUCAACAACAUUAGAAUGGAAAGUGUCCGAAAUCCGAUAAUUUUAGAUCAAUAUUACUGCGACAAAAGAAGCUGCGCAAAUCAGACUUCAGCAGUGUACAUUUCUGAUGUGAUUUAUUCAAACAUAAAAGGGACUUAUGAUGUGAGAAGUCCACCAAUGCAUUUGGCUUGUAGUAACAAUGUCCCUUGCACAAACUUGACAUUUUUGGAUGUGGAGUUAUAUCCAGCUCAAGGACAGAAAAUCUUGGAACCAUUUUGUUGGAAUGCUUAUGGAGCUCUUAGGACUCUUACAAUUCCACCAGUUUUUUGCUUGUUGGAGGGAACACCUCAGUCAUUGCCAAGUAAUGAUAUUGAUCAGUGCUGAUUAUAGAUUUGCUAAGAAUAGAAAGUUGUAAAAGAUGUAUUAUGGUUGCAUAGAAAAGAUACUAAUAUGUAUUCAAGUUUUAGUUGCACUAAUAUUGUUGCAGGGGGACUAAAAACUAAAGUGUAAGCAUGUAUCCCUUUGUUAAUGAUAUAAAUAUCCUUUAA